CUAGCAUGAGGACAGAUGCUACGGGAGAGGACAACCACAGCCCGAGAGUUGAGAAGCCCAGGGCUCAACCGUGCGGCAAGGCAUCGGGAACCCUUACAUAGAAGCGAAUGUGACACUAGCGAGCAGAUCAGAGCAGGAGUGACCGAUCAAUGUUCGUGUGUCUACGAGACACCGCUUCCAACAACUCUAACAAAUAUCAAGAAUUCCUCCUCCCGUACUCGCCAUUUCAAAGAAGAAAGUGCAGCGUAUGUGGUGUAUUUUGAAGCCGUGAGCGAGGUGCUGGCCACGAUGUUACGGGGCGCCGUAGCAAGGACCGUCUGCAUGGCCCAGGCCUCCGCCAGGACGUUCCCCCAGCGAUUUUCGGCUGAAACAAGUCCUGGGCAUGAUAUUGCGGCGAAAUUGUGGGGAGGAAGGUGUUUGGAGGGCGUGAGGGGCCUGCAUGUGGGCCUGGUCAGCUGCAAAGCGGAGGGACGCAAGGAAAUGUUGGCCUCCAUGCCCAGGCGGGACGAGGGCACCGAGGGCGAAGGCACCAUCGUCAUAGACUCCAACAUCAGAGGGAGUGACGGGUCGUUUCCAGAUGAGAACACCCCAGACUUGUUGUUUGAUGGGGUACGAUUUGCAGACCUCCCAAUCAUUCAUGCAAAGUUUUCCAAAAAUAACACCCUUCUGACACUAACAGAUUCUAAAGGUGUGGCUGAGAUGUUCAGGUCAUGUGGCAUUGAAGGAUUCAAGAAUACCAGAAAAGGAACCAACAUUGCUGCUCAAGCCACAGCUAUCAGCCUAGCUGUGAGAGCGAUCAACAAAGGUGUUCGGAAUGUGAGGGUAGCUGUGAAGGGACUUGGACCUGGCCGAAUGUCAGCAGUGAAGGGGUUAACAAUGGGCGGCCUGAACGUGGUUUCCAUCACGGACUGCACGCCCAUCAUGUUUACGAACUCGCCGAGGCCGAGGAAAGCCAAGAAACUAUAGUUGCGCCUAUGCUUGGGUGUCUACAUAAUCACCGCUCAUCUUGUAGCUGUACCGUGUAUGGAGGUAAUGCAGGAGUGAAUGUACUUGUCACUGAUUUCUUAAUGCUAAUUUAUUUUGUAUUAUUGUAAAUACGUCAAUAAAUAACUCAAAUUUUA